AUGGCACAGAAUUCCUUCAGCAAUCUUAAGAAUGAACUAGCUGUACAGCUAGAUAAAUUUUCAGAGAAUGCAGACAUCUUCAUUAAUGCUGAGACAGAGAAUAAUACCAAGACAAAGAAUGAUACUGCAGUAAAUGAGAGCGAGAAUAUUGUACACAAACAAACUUGCUCACAAUUAGAAUACUCAGACAUGACAGACCUGGACUUAGACAAUCUAAUGCUGCAAAAGAUCCAGCAAAUGCUUGGCUUACUUUCAUUAAAGAAGUUAGUGAUAACCAGCAAAGCAGUUCUUGUAACAUAA